AUGACACCGUCAACGCCAGCGGCAAUCAGUUUAGCGUUAGCUGCCCAGUUCAGAGACUGCCAGAAUAACGACAGUGGCGAUUCUGAUUUACAGAUAGCAGCAUUCGAAGGCAAUGAAAUUCUUGUUAAAGAAAUAUUGAGUUUGGAACUUCAAAGGGAAGUAAUCGACAAAAGAAACCACUGGGGCUGCACAGCACUGCGUCUUGCAGCAACUGAAGGUCAUCUCAGUUGUGUGAAGCUACUGUUGCAGCAUGGUGCCACUGUUGACAUGUCAGAUGUGAAAGGUCAAAGUCCAUUGCAAGUGGCUGUUAAGAAUGGCCACUAUGAGUGUGCAGAACUACUCCUACAAGCAGGUGCCAAUCCCAAUGGUAAUUCAGCCAAUUGCAGCAGUCCACUGUGCAUAGCUGCAAUGAAUGGCGAAUCUUGA